CUCUCUGUGAAUUUCCAUGGUGAAAAUAAAGCUUCAGCCUGAAAUCACUUUCUCCGGUUGACUGAGUUUAUUUGUUAACCCAAUUAACAUUAUGUUGUAAAGGGUUGUUUCUGUUUUUUACCAAGGUAAAAAAGAGCUUUUCAGGAAAGUGCUUUCUUUCUGGCUAGCUAAUUUCAGCUUGUGGUUGGUUGGUGACAGUUUCUUAGCCCUUUGAAACUGUAAAGAAAGGGAGAGAGAAAUAUCUUGCUUUCGAAGUUUUCCAUGUCCACCCUAUACACAUAUAUUAUAAAAAUACUUGCCAUUUCACCAUUUAUCUCAUGCGUGCAAGCUAUUCUCAAAUCUUGAUCAUUUCCAUCAUUAAUUCUUGGCCCUUAACGGUUUUAAUUCUCUUUAAGAUUCUUCCUUCUUCGUCCACCUCUUGUUUCUUUCUUCCUUUCCUUUUUAUAAACUCUGAUCUUUCCCAGCAUUUCUCUAUCUGAAUUUGUUUUGAGCCAAGCAAUGGGGGCCAACAUCAGCAAGAAGACUAAUGAAACUUCUUCUUCCCAAUUCACAACCGAACUCAUCUCCUACGAGGCUGCUUGCCGCCUUGACGCCGACUUGCAGAGCUUCGACACCACCCUGCAAGCACGAACCAGUCGCGUAAUCAAUACCCUGGCCGUCGGUGUUGAAGUUCGAGCACUUUCGUUUGAUUCUCUCAAGGUGGCUACUGAGUCUCUUCUGGAGAUGAACCAGGAGGUGGUUAAAGUUAUCUUGGAAUGUAAGAAAGAUAUAUGGAAGAGUCAGGAGUUGUUCGAGCUCGUGGAGGAGUAUUUCGAGAGCAGCUUGCAGACAUUGGAUUUCUGUACUGCAUUGGAGAAGUGCUUGAAGCACGCUCGCGAUAGCCAGCUGCUCAUUCUGGUGGCGCUGCAACAAUUCGAGGAGGAGAAUAAUGAGAUGAAAGCAGGGCAGAGGUAUGUGAGGACUCUUGAGGAAUUAAAGAAUUUCAAGGCGGCUGGGGAUCCUUUCACUGAAGAUUUCUUCCAGAUAUUUCAAUCUGUUCAUAAGCAACAGAUUUCCAUGCUUGAGAAGCUGCAACUGAGGAAGAACAAGCUCGAUAAGAAGCUAAAAUAUAUCCAUGCUUGGAGGAAGGUUUCAAAUAUAAUAUUUGCUGCUACUUUUGCCACAGUGUUGAUAUGCUCGGUUGUGGCUGCCGCCACGGCUGCCCCACCUGUUGCAGCUGCGCUUGCAGCAGCUAGUUCUAUCCCUCUGGGUUCAAUGGGGAAAUGGAUUGAUUCUCUGUGGAAAAACUAUGAGAGUGCAUUGAAAGGGCAGAGGGAGGUGAUCAGUUCAAUGCAAGUGGGUACCCAUGUAGCUAUCAAGGACUUAGACAUCAUCCGGGUUCUAAUCGAUCGACUAGAGAUCGAGAUUGAAGCUCUUCUGCAGAAUGUGGAUUUUGCGAUUGAGGAAGAAGCUGUGAAGAUUGCAGUGGAAGAGAUCAAGAAGAAGCUGGGUGUGUUCAUGAGGUAUGUUGAAGAUCUGGAAGCGCAAGCUGAUAUGUGCAGUCGGGAUAUCCGGAGGGCGAGGACUGUGGUUGUGCAGAGGAUCAUAAAGCAUCCUAACCAUUGAUUCAAAGAUGAACCUACACUUCUGCUACUAGGUGUUUCUCUUCUCUGGACAUAAUUUUAAUUUCUAUGAUCUAUAUUGUGGCAAGAAGACUCUGAAUUUCAUUGAUUCUUAGAUUGCAUGAUGAAUCCACCAUAUCUGGAUCUAGAAAUAGAAAUAAUGCGAGACUGCCAUUCAACAACACGCUAUUUAGUUUUAUUCUUUCCUGGGCAAUAGAUGUUUUCUUCAGAUUCAAGCUUUACAUUGUUUAUUGUAAAUAUCAAUCAUACUAGAUUUGAUUCCA